AUGGAUUGGGACGAUGGCUUCCGCGGGAGCCACGUCAGGCGCCCGGUCCGACCACCUCGUGCUGCCGACCAGGACUCGCUGGGCCGCGGGUCUGUAACGUCCAGCUCUCUCCGCUUCGGGCCGAAAGAAGGCUUCGUCUGGAGUCCGGGGAACGACGAUAUGGAGUCGAUAUACGGGGAUGCUCGGGAUUCCGCGCCGCAGAACCCGCAAGGCUGGCCCGGUAGGCACCCACCGUCAAUUCAAGGGCCGCCUCCUGUCCCCAGCACCGCGCCGUACCAGGCUCCUGCGCCCACCCAAAGCCAACCAAUCCCGCAACCGGACGACUUACCACCAGUGGAUUAUGAGUCCGUUGAUGAGACCAACGCGGACCCCAAGCCUCCUCGGUACGAGAGGCCACUUCGACCGAAAACAGCAUUAGGGCAUAAGCCAUCAAGGGGCACACCCAAGAAGAAGGCCCCGGAGAGCAUCGCGUCUACCAAGGACGACGACAUUGACAACCGGUCCAUCGACUCCACGUUCAGCGACAUCCCCGAUACUGCGAACAACAAACGGGCGAAGAUCCUACAGAACCUGGGCGUCCCCGUGAGAGUGGUGAACGAAGAAAACCUACCCGAUCUGCAUCGUCAGGGUGACUCCGACGACGAAAAGGACAACAAACAAGGAGAGAAAAAAGGUGACAAGAAGACAGAAGAAGACGACAAGAAGUCAGAGAAAGAGGAAGACGACAAGAAUGAUGAUGACACAGAUGCACCUUUGGAUCGUCAACAGUUCCUCCCGUUAGUUCAAACCGGUGGCGCCGGGCCGCCAACAGGUGCCCCUUCGGGAACGUACGCUGCCCUGCCCGAGGCAAGCCCGAACAACAUGCCGCUGGACAACCUGCCGCAGCCUGACUACGCAGACCCGACUGAGAUCAUGUUAAAACCGUACACCAGCCUCCCGGACAAUGUCCAGGAUACGGACAUCAAGGACCCGAAGGGACAGUUCCUGUUCGCCGUGCAGAACGGAGACGUGGAGAAGACCCGGGCCCUGUUGGAGCGUAACGCCGUCAGGCACGAGUUCGACAUCAACACCAGCGACGAUGUGGGUCGCACGGCGAUAGAGCUUGCGGUGUGUAACCAGCACGAAGAUGUGGUAGAACUACUGUUGUACUUCAACGUCAACCUGGGCAACUCGCUUCUGUUCGCAGUGGACCGCAGCAACUGUCGUCUGGUGGAGAGACUCAUCCGCUACACCAAGAGCACCAGCAACACUGGACCUCCGAUGUCCCCCAAAGACAGCACAUUCCCGCCGGAAGUGACGCCGCUCGUGCUGGCAGCACAGCGGAAUGACUACAAGGUCAUGCGGCUCCUGCUGUUCCAUCACUACACCAUCACCCCUCCUCCGGCCCUGAUUGGUCAGAGAGUGCUGAUCCAGACGAGCACGAGGCUGAACAUCCUCCGUGCCCUGUGCAGUCCGUACUACAUCAGUCUCACCAGCGCCGACCCCUUCCAGACAGCCUUCGGGCUUACCGGGGAACUGAACGAGAUGAUGCAGCUGGACCCCCAGCACGCGCACGAGUACCGUGCCCUGGCGGACCAGUGCGGGGACUUCGCGGCAGACCUGCUGGGGCAGGUGCAGGACGUGGACGAGCUGGUGACGGUGAUGAGCGGAGAGGACUGGAGUAAGGACCGGGAGGGCGCCAAGGGGCUGUGUAUGCAGACCAUGCAGCUGGCCGCCUCCAAUAACCAGAUACGGUUUGUGAACAAGGACGUGUCUCAGGGCCUGCUGCUUUCGAUGUGGGCGGAGAAGGUGAAGUGGUGGAACCGGGCGCCGAUCCUUGUGCAGCUGCUGUUCGGGCUGCUGGUGUCCGCCGUCUGCCCGCUCCUCAUCAUCGUCUACCGCAUGGAGGCCAAGUCUUACGUCGGAGAGUUCAUCGCAACUCCCGUUACCAGGUACAUCUGUGAGAUCGGAUUGAGACUGUGGUUUAUAGUUCUCCUCAUGUUGGCCACCUUCCGUGUGGACAGCAGUGAAGCCACGCUGUUGGACACUCUCAACCGACAGUCGCGAGCUUCACCCCCCUCUAUUGCAGAAUGGAUCCUUCUUGUUUGGAUCGCAGGUAUGGUGAUACAGAUGUGCACGAACCUGUGGCGGUACGGCGCGCGGCGGCACCUGGCCAGCGUGUGGGGCGUGGUGGAGAUGGUCCUGUUGUUCCUGCUCGUCACGAUCGUGGGGCUGCGGGGCCUGUCGUACGGACGGUACCAGUUCCUGGACUAUAACGUGUUGCCUAGCUGGGAGCGGUUCCGGAUUCACUGGGAUCCGUUCAGCCCCGCUCUGGUGGCCGAGGCUCUUAUGGGGCCCUGUAUCAUCUUGUCCGUCAUCCGGAUGAUUCCGUUCGGUAUUCUGAACCGCCAUAUUGGACCCUUCCUCAUGGCUCUGAAGGAUUUGGUGAGGAACAUCUUGAUGUUGGCUCUACUCUACUUCUUGGUUCUUUUCUCCUUCGCCUGGGCCUUGUAUUACCUGUACUGGUACUACACCACUGGGCACGAGAUCACCUGCACCGAGGGCGCCGACUAUCACGUGACCGUGAACGAGACUUACGUCAACAGCAGCUUCACCCUGGGGGCCGUGCCCUGCAAUACACCUCAUCCGUUCGGCACCAUGGAGAACUCCAUGCGUGCCUUGUUCUUCUCUGGGUUCUUCAUCAUCGACGCCACGCCCCUUGACCUGACCUUGACCCGGAACGGCACGGUGAUUGGCUACGGCUCCCUGAUGACGUACGGCACGGGCGUGUCCAUCUACUUCCUGUACAUCGUGCUGCAGUGGAUCCUGGCGCUCAGCGUCAUCGGCGUGCUGGCGGGGUCCUUCCACAAACCCGAGUUGGUUGUCCAACGUCUGGUGAAACGUUACGUGGCGCGGACCGAACCAUAUGACGGGAACGUCGGGGGUGUCCUGUCCAAGCUCGAUCAAGUCAACCGGUCAACGCGAAGGACUGAGGCUGCGCUGCUGAGAGGAUAUUUGGGUGGUAACAGACCCGUAGCGAUCAACAACAACAACAACAAUAAUUACCACAACAACAACCGCCAAAGCAGUGGGGUCAUCAACAAUGGGAAUAACGACAUACCAGAGGAGGAUUAUGAUCACUUGCUUCGGCGAAAUGGUGACUCUACCGCCAUGUAA